AUGCAGCUAGCCCCCCAGGGGCUCAGCGUGGCCGAGUACAAGGGCUGUCUCGCGCUCCUCGGGCCCAGUCUCCUCUCGGCAUGUGAGCGCGCGAAUGCGGCUGAUGGUCGGGGAUCGCACCAGCCAGGCACGGGACCAAGCAGCCUUCUUCUUCCCGAACAACAACAGCACGUUACGCUCGUCACCGCCGCCGAACGCAAGCGACACCGCAUCCCGGUCGCUGGUGGCGGCGUCCCGACGCAGCCGACGCACCCCCCGCCACCACACCCCGCCGUAUCCAACGUCUACGUGCUCUAUCCCGCGCAGGAACGCCGGCGAGCGCGCUUCCUCACGGUCGUCUGGGCACAUGGGGACGCGUGGCGCGCAGCCCACGGGCUCCCGAAGAAGGAGUACCACAUCACCUUGAGCGCAGAGGACGACCACGGCGUCCCGAAGGGCGUGGGUGCGCUGGCCAGCGCGCAUGGCGCCGAUGUGGUGCUCGAGCAGCUCGCGAGCCUAGGCGAGACGGCGCUCGACCACGCCUCGCUCGCGUGCGAUGACGCUUCCUUCCGCGCGCAGAUCGCAGAGCGCAUGGUUGCAGACUUCCCAGACUCGUACAAGGGCUAUGCGCGGCUAGCCGAGGCAAGCCCCGACCCGAAGGUAUCUGCGCUGUCGUACGCGUGUGUGGCGGCGCUCAACCCCGCACUGCUGGGCCGCGCCGCCACCCAGAUCGCCAAGCUGCGCGACAGCGUGUCGUACGGCGCGGUGGUCACCGCCACCGAGCGCGACACGCUGCCUCCAGGCCUUGCCACCCACCUCCUCCAGCCGUGGCCGGCGGCGCUGGACGCCGAGCUCGCCCACGUCCUCUGGAUGCAUGGCACGGCGUCGCGCGAGCGCCAGAUCUCCGCGGCGGGGUACGAGCUCCCGCGCUUCUUCUCGUGGCUGUACCCCGGGCGUGUAGCGGGCAUGUCGACCCCGCGCCGCGCAGCCGACGUCGACGCGCUCGCCACAAUGGGCUUCACGCACGUCCUCACCCUCACGGAGGAGACGCCGCUCGACGAGCAGUGGUUCCGCUUCGUGCUCGAGCACGUCUUCGUCCCUGUGCCCAACUACCAUCCGCCGACAAUCGCCGAGAUGGACGCCAUCUGGGGCAUGGUCGUCGCUGGCGGCGUGUGGCUCGUGCACUGUGGCGGCGGCGUCGGGCGCGCCGGCACCGUGCUGGCGUGCCUCAUUGCCAUGCUCGGCACGGGGGACGAGGAGGGCGGGGAGGAGGUCGGCGUGAGCUCGACACCGCGGCUGGACGCCGGCACGGCCAUCGCGCUCCUCCGGCGCGCUAGGCCCCGCUCCCUCGAGACGGCGCAGCAGGAGGCGUUUGUCGCCAGCUGGAUCUCACACCGGUGGAAAGUGGUGCACGCGAGCGCCGCGCCGCUCGUGGAACCAGUCACCCUGCUCGGCGUCGAGGGCGACGCUCGCGCACCCAUCACUGCGCUUUUCCUCAUCGGCCGGCCGGGGUCAGGCAAGUCGUGGCUCGCUGCUGCGCUGGCCAAGCGGCGCGGGCCCAAGGAGACGGUCGUCAUCUCGCAGGACGAGGCGGGCUCGAGGGCCUUCUGCGAGACGCAGCUGUCGCGGGCGGGCAACCUACCGCCCGACACUCUGGUCAUCCUCGACAGGUGUAACCCGUCCCGCGUGGACCGGAGGGCCUGGCUCAGCCUCCUGUCAGGGAGGCCUUGCGUGGCGGUGUACUUUGACUAUCCGGCCGCGCUGUGCAAGCAGCGGCUCGAUGCUCGGCUCGACCACCCGACACUGCGCGCAGGGCGCGGCGGGAACGCGCUUGCCCAGAUGGACAGGGAGAUGGAGGCACCGACGCUCGACGAGGGCUGGUACUCCAUCCUCACCAUUGCCAGCUUCCCCGCCGCCCGCCAAGCAGUGCAGCAUAUUACACCCGACCCCCCGCUGCUCAAGUUUCCUCGCACGCCGCACCUGCUCAACCUGGGCGCGAGCACGGCCGACGACGUUGUGCUGGGCGACUUUGAGGAGCUCACCGGCAACCUGACGAUCGAGGAGAAGAUUGACGGCGCAAACAUGGGCAUCAGCCUCGACUUCAACGGCGUGAUUCGAACCCAGAACCGCAGCCACUGGGUCUCGUCGGCCGACCAUGCGCAGUUCAAGCCGCUCGACAGCUGGGUCGCAGCACACGAGGAUGCGCUGCGCCGUAUCCUCGGUGCCGACGCGCAGUUUCCAGAGCGGUUCAUCCUGUAUGGCGAGUGGGCGGUUGCGCGCCACUCGAUCGCGUACUCUGCUCUGCCCGGCGCGUUCAUCGCGUUCGACCUGUACGACCGUCUCGAGGCGCGCUUUCUCUCGCGAGGCGCCUUGACCCGCGUCCUCGCCGGCUCUGAUAUCCCUCAGGUCCCCCUCAUUGCUGAGACGACGCGGGUGACCCGCGCCGAGGUGCUCGAGCUCGUACAGCGCACGAGUGCGUUCACCGACGGCCGCGUGGAAGGAGUGUACGUCCGCACCGAGGACGACGAGCGCCGAUACACGGUAGGCAGGGGCAAGGUCGUGCGCGGCGACUUUAUCGCCGGCAACGAGCACUGGACAAGAGGCCCGCUCGUGCUCAAUAGAUUUGCUAGAGACUAG